CCUAAGACCCCAUAAACCCAUCCCACAUACAUGAGGCGUUGUUACGGCGGUAGCGAAUGAAUUCCGAUGAAGCUCCGCCAAUUCCGUCGCGCACCCCUUUCAUUCUCACUCUCAAACCCUCACCUUCAAAGAAACUUCUGCACCUCCAAAUUCAACGACGAAAACGACACUCGUUUCGUAUCACUCAUUUCCGACAUUGUUCGAGGAAAUCAAAGUUGGAAUGUAGCAUUCAACGACCCUUCAAUUUCAUCCACAUUGAAACCCCAUCACGUAGAACGAGUCUUAAUCAACACCUUACAUGAUUCCAAGUUAGCUUUAAGGUUCUUCAACUUUCUCGGUUUACACAAAAACAUGAACCAUUCCACAACCUCGUUUGCCAUCUUAGUUCAUGCCCUUGUUCAAAAUAAGCUUUUUUGGCCUGCAAAUUCUCUGUUGCAAACCCUUCUCCUUCGUGGGUCUGACCCAAAAUUAGUUUUUGACAAGUUUCUAGAAACUUAUAAACAGUGUAAGUUUUCUUCCACUUUGGGUUUUGAUUUUUUGGUUCAGAGUUACUUGCAGAACACAAGAGUUUUUGAUGCUGUGUUUGUUUUGAAACUCAUGCUUGCUAAUACUUUGUUGCCUGAGGUUAGAACAUUGAGUACACUCUUGAAUGGGUUAUUGAGGAUUAGAAAAUUUAUAUUGGUUUGGGAACUUUUUGAUGAGUCUGUGAAUGCUGGUGUUAAACCUGAUCCUUAUACUUGCUCUGCCGUGAUUCGGAGCUUGUGUGAAUUGAAGGAUUUUUUUAGAGCUAAGGAAAAGAUUAGGUGGAUGGAAUCUAAUAGGUUUGAUCUGAGUAUUGUUACUUACAAUGUCUUAAUUCAUGGUUUGUGUAAGGGUCAUCGGGUUUUGGAAGCUGUCGAGGUUAGAAAAUCGUUGAGGGAAAAGGGUUUGAAGGAAGAUGUGGUUACAUAUUGUACACUAGUGCUUGGAUUUUGUAGGGUUCAACGAUUUGAGGAUGGAAUUUGCCUCAUGAAUGAAAUGAUUGAAUUAGGGCUUGUUCCAUCCGAGGCUGCUAUAUCGGGGUUAGUGGAUGGGUUAAGAAAGAAGGGAAAGAUUGAUAGUGCUUAUGAUUUGGUUGUUAAGUUAGCCAAAUUCGAUUUUUUGCCAAGUUUGUUUGUGUAUAAUUCAUUAUUAAACUCUUUGUGCAAAGGUGGGAAUUUGGAUAAAGCAGAGUUGCUUUAUAAUAAUAUGCGUUUGAUGAACUUGCCGCGGAAUGAUGUCACAUACUCUAUUCUGAUUGAUUCCUUUUGCAAAAGGGGGAGAUUAGAUGUUGCAGCAUCUUAUUUUGAUAGAAUGAUAGAAGACGGUAUAAGAGAAUCCGUAUAUCCCUACAACUCUUUGAUACACGGUCAAUGCAAGUUUGGGGAUUUGAGUGCCGCUGAGUCUCUGUAUACCGAGAUGAUCAAUAAAGGGGUAGAGCCAACAGCUACUACCUUUGCAACAUUAAUUAGUGGAUAUUGCAAAGACCUACAAGUACAUAAAGCAUUUAAGCUAUAUAGUGAGAUGACCGAGAAAGAAAUUGCACCGACUGUAUAUACUUUCACCGCACUUAUUUAUGGUCUUUGCAGCACAAAUGAGAUGGCUGAAGCAUCCAAACUUUUCGAUGAAAUGGUGGAAAGGAAAAUCAAGCCAACUGAAGUGACAUAUAAUGUUAUGAUAGAAGGGUAUUGUAUGGCUCAUAACAUGGAUAAAGCCUUUGAAUUGCUGGAAGACAUGAUCCGUAAAGGCCUUGUUCCGGAUACUUAUACGUACAGACCUCUUAUCACCGGCCUUUGUUCUACUGGUAGGGUUUCAGAAGCUAAAGAUUUUAUUGAUGAUCUCCACAAGAAAAACCUCAAGUUAAAUGAGAUGUGCUAUAGUGCGCUUCUACAUGGUUAUUGCGGGGAAGGAAGAAUGACGGAGGCACUGAGUGUUUCUUGUGAGAUGAUUCAACGAGGAAUCAACAUGGACCUGGUUUGCCAUGGUGUACUUAUUGAUGGUGCUCUAAAGCAACCAGACAUGAAAAUGCUAUUUAGUCUCUUAAAAAAGAUGUACAGUCAAGGAUUGAGACCCGAUAGUGUAAUGUAUACAAGUAUGAUUGAUGCAUACAGCAAAGAAGGGUCUUUUAAGAAAGCCACUGAAUGUUGGGAUUUAAUGGUUACUGAGAAAUGUGUUCCUAAUGUUGUGACUUACACGGCUUUCAUGAAUGGUUUAUGCAAAGCAGGUGAAACUGAUAGAGCAGGUCUCCUUUUUGAAAAAAUGCUGGCGGAAAAUAUCCAUCCUAAUUCAGUUUCAUAUGGUUGUUUUCUCCACCGUCUUACGGAGGAGGGAAAUAUGAAGGAAGCUACAGAGCUUCACUGUGCAAUGCUUAAAGGGCAUUUAGCAAGCACAGCAACAUACAACAUUCUUAUCCGGGGCUUCUGCAAAUUGGGUAGAUUAAUUGAAGCCACCGAAAUUCUUUCUGAAAUGACUGAAAAUGGGAUUUGCACCGAUUGUAUAACCUAUUCAACUUUAAUUUAUGAGUAUUGCAGAAGCGGUGAUGUUGUAGCAGCAGUUAAAUUGUGGGAUACCAUGUUAAAAAAAGGCGUUGAGCCAGAUUUGGUUGCAUUUAACUUGCUAAUAUAUGGUUGCUGUGUUAAUGGAGAGCUCAACAAGGCAUUUGAAUUGCGUGAUGACAUGUUGAGAAGAGGGUUGAAGCCAAGACAAAAUUUACAACUGCAAAAUGGGUAAAAUAGGAGCAGCAGUUGAAUUGUGGUGUAUCAUGCUCGAAAGAAGGUCGAUAGCGUGAUUUGGAUGUGUGCGACUUUCUAAAUCGUGGCUGUCGUGUGACUAGGGCGGUUAACAAGGAACUUCAGUUGCACAAUGGCAUGUUAAGAAGAGCAGUGAAGCCAAGGUAGAAUCUCUUCUGUUGUUUGUGGCUAAACUAUCUGAAAAUGAGGUUGAUGACUGAAGUUGAAGGUGGCUUCUGCAACCUGGAAAUGCGGAAGGGAAGUGUUUGUAUUUACAAACCGUACAAGAUGGUGUCGUAUAUCCAAAUCAGUCGAUUUCCAGAAAAGUUAAGUGGUGUUCGGGAUUGCUUGUGCAGUGGUGCGCUUUUGAACUAAUAGCUUGCCUGGAACCAUGAUGGAUGGCCAAUUUAUGCACAUCAUAACCAAAGAUACGAUCUAGACCUUGUUUCUGCGAGGAACUGUCUCUCUUGUCAAGUUUAAUGAUGAACUAUUGGUUUAGGAUAGAGAAUUCAUAUAUGAUUUGUGCAUUGACUGAAAGGAAAAGUAUAUGAUUCAUUCAUUGUUUUUUUCCCUGUCAACAAUUAGUCCUCCAUGAAGUGAACACAUUGUUCUUUCAUAGUUUCAUACAAUUGAUAACUAGGCAAAAUUGAAUUGUAAACAUUGAGGAUGAUUAUAAGUUUGGCAAGUGUCUAUACUUCAUCACGUAAUAA